UCAUCGCCGGGUCGCUCCUCUCUCUCUCCCUAAAGCCUUUUUAUUUUUAUAUUUUUUUGUUUUCAAAAGUUCAAAACAUUUCCGUGUUUCUUCUUCUGCUUCUUCGCUUCUCCGGUCUCUCGCCGGAAACCCUUACUUGUUUCUCUCUCACCAAGUGAUGCACUCGAUCUAGGGUUUCUAUCCCGAUUGUUUUGGAUAAGUGUAAUUGAUCGGAUCUGGUUGGAGUUGCUCCAAUCGAAGACUGAAGAUUUGUUGAUUUAUUGGAGGGAGAGGAAAUUGUUAAAGAAAUUUGGAUACAAUGGACGCGAUCGAGGAGUUGUCUCAGCUGUCAGACUCGAUGAAGCAAGCGUCGGCCUUGUUAGCCGAUGAGGAUGUUGAUGAAGCCACGUCGUCGUCGUCUAAACGGCCGUCCACUUUUCUCAAUGUCGUUGCUCUCGGCAACACCGGUUCAGGUAAAUCAGCUGUGUUAAACAGUUUAAUUGGACAUCCGGCUUUGCCGACUGGUGAAGGUGGUGCUACUCGUGCUCCUAUAUGCAUUGAUUUGAAACAGGAUGGUUCUUUGAACAGCAAAUCGAUAAUUUUGCAGAUUGACAGCAAAUCUCAACCAGUUUCUGCAAGUGCCCUUCGUCAUUCUUUACAAGACAGACUGAGCAAAAUUUCAAGUAAAAGUCGUGAUGAGAUAUAUUUGAAGCUUCGAACAAGCACAGCUCCUUCGUUGAAAUUGAUUGAUUUGCCUGGAGUGGAUAAGGGGAAUCUUGAUGACUCAUUGGGUGAAUAUGCUGAACGUAAUGAUGCCAUCUUGCUUGUGGUAAUACCUGCAGCACAGGCACCGGAAGUUGCCUCAACUAAAGCUGUCAGACUUGCGAAAGAAUUUGAUGGAGAAUGUACAAGAACUGUUGGUGUCAUUAGUAAAAUAGAUCAAGCAGCUUCAGAUCCAAAAAUCCUUGCUGCUGUUCAGGCUCUUUUGUUGGGUCAAGGACCACGGACUACAGCUGAUAUCCCCUGGGUUGCAUUAAUUGGUCAAUCUGUGUCUAUUGCCUCUGCUCAGUCAGGGAGUGCUGGAGUUGACAACUCAUUGGAAACUGCCUGGCGUGCGGAGAGUGAGAGCCUUAAAUCUAUAUUGACUGGAGCCCCUCAAAGCAAGCUCGGUAGAUUAGCUUUGGUAGAGACUUUAGCUCACCAGAUUCGCAGUCGGAUAAGAAUCAGGCUUCCUAAUCUCCUCCAAGGACUUCAAGGAAAGUCUCAAGUUGUACAGGAUGAAUUGGUAAGGCUUGGGGAACAGAUGGUUGAUAGUGCUGAAGGUACCAGGGCCUUGGCUUUGGAGCUUUGCCGUGAAUUUGAGGACAAGUUUCUCCUGCAUAUUACAAGUGGAGAGGGUGAUGGUUGGAAAGUUGUUGCUAGUUUUGAGGGCAACUUUCCAAACAGGAUAAAACAACUCCCUUUAGAUCGACAUUUUGACAUAAAUAAUGUUAAGAGGAUUGUUCUGGAGGCAGAUGGUUAUCAACCCUACCUUAUUUCUCCAGAGAAAGGGUUGAGAUCUUUAAUAAAGAUUGUUUUAGAGAUGGCAAAAGAACCUUCCCGACUUUGUGUCGAUGAGGUGCACCGUGUACUUGUCGACAUUGUAUCAUCUUCCGCCAAUGCUACUCCAGGUCUUGGAAGAUAUCCUCCUUUUAAGCGAGAGGUUGUAGCGAUUGCCACUGAUGCUUUGGAUGGGUUCAAGAAUGAGGCUAAGAAGAUGGUUGUUGCUCUUGUUGACAUGGAGCGAGCAUUUGUUCCCCCUCAACAUUUUAUUCGUUUGGUGCAGAGGCGAAUGGAUAGACAACGACGUGAAGAAGAGCUGAAAGGUCGAUCUUCUAAAAAAGCAGCGGAUGCAGAGCAAUCAAUAUUGAAUAGGGCAACUAGUCCCCAAACUGGAGGGCAACAAGCUGGCGGGAGCUUAAAGUCAAUGAAGGAUAAAUCUGGUCAGCAAGACAAAGAUGCCCAAGAAGGACCAGCGUUGAAGACUGCUGGGGCUGAGGGAGAGAUAACAGCAGGGUUCUUGUUGAAGAGAAGUGCUAAAACAAAUGGAUGGAGCAGGCGAUGGUUUGUUUUAAAUGAAAAAACUGGAAAGCUUGGAUAUACCAAAAAACAAGAAGAGCGGCAUUUUCGUGGUGUGAUUACUUUAGAGGAAUGUAACCUUGAAGAAGUUGAUGAUGACGAAGCUCCUCCCCCACCCAAAAGUUCCAAGGAUAAGAAGGCUAAUGGGCCUGAUGCUGCAAAAGGACCUAGUCUUGUAUUCAAAAUAACGAGCAGGGUUCCAUACAAAACUGUUCUAAAAGCUCACAGUGCUGUUGUUUUAAAGGCCGAGAGUACGGCAGAUAAGACUGAGUGGCUGAACAAGUUGAGAAAUGUUAUUAGUUCAAAAGGUGGUCAAGUGAAGGGCGAAUCUGGACCUCCGAUCCGCCAAAGUCUUUCUGAUGGUUCUCUUGAAACCAUGACGAGGAGACCUGCUGAUCCUGAAGAAGAACUUCGGUGGAUGGCUCAAGAAGUUCGCGGUUAUGUUGAAGCAGUUCUAAACAGUCUUGCUGCCAAUGUCCCAAAAGCGGUUGUUCUUUGCCAAGUAGAAAAGGCAAAAGAAGAUAUGCUUACGAAGUUGUACAGUUCUAUCAGUUCCCAAAGUACAGCAAAGAUUGAAGAGCUGCUUCAGGAGGAUCAGAAUGUAAAACGCAGGAGGGAACGCUUUCAAAAGCAAUCUUCUCUUCUUUCAAAGCUUACCAGGCAGCUCAGCAUUCAUGAUAAUCGAGCUGCUGCUGCUGCAAGUUAUGCAAAUGGCAGUGGAGCAGAAAGUAGUCCUACCACUUCUGGACCUUCAUCAGGUGAUGAGUGGAGAACUGCUUUUGAUGCUGCUGCCAAUGGUCCCACGGACUCUUAUGGUGACUCGAGAUAUGGAUCCAAUGGCCACAGUCGUCGGUACAGUGACUCUGCUCAAAAUGGUGAUGUUAGCUCCAGUUCCGGUUCCGGCCGCCGCACAACUCCUAAUCGAUUACCACCUGCACCGCCAUCAUCUGGUUCCGGCUAUAGAUUUUAGAUUUAGAUAAUAUUAAGACAAAUGAUUCUUUCUUAAUGGGAUGGCUAUUUGUACUUGUUUUUGUUGAGCUGCUGAGCUCAACUGCUGUUAUAAUAGUUUUGUAGAAUUGGUAUACAUGUCUUUGUAGAUAGAUAUAUCUCGAUCAUUAUUUCUUUCUUUUCAAUCAUGCUUUGAUGAUGCUGGAUUUUGAGAUGUACUGGCAAUACUUUAAUUGGAUACUCCUCAACGGAUUGUCGGGUUUUCCCCUUUUUAUUGGUUGAAA